CCUGCUUGGUGUCUUUAGCGCUUGCCAGCAGAGAAGAGGGCAUCGGGGCCAGCGCUCUGGGCCUCACCACAUGCAGCUGCCACCUGUCUCCAGGGGCUGAGCGCGCUCUCCCUCGCCUCCCUCUGGGGAAGGGGUUACGCUCGUCCUAGCAACGAGCCGUAGGGCCCCGGCACUCGGCUGCCGGCCCCAGGCCCCAGUCGCCCUCCGCGCUCCGCCCGGGCAGCCUGCCAGCGUGGCUCGGUCCGGCGCGCCCCCAGAGCUAGGCAGGCGCGCGCGCGCGCCCCCAGACACACACACGCGCCCCCAGAAACACACACACGCACACACGCGCGCACACACGCGCACACCCCCGUCCCUCUCACUUUCUCUCCCUUCCUGCGCUCUCCGCAGUCUGUCUCUCCCUCGCUCUGGCUCGCGAGCUCCGGCUGCCUCUGCCCGCACCCAGCCUAGCCCAUUCGCAAUGCGAUGCUUACUUGGCCGCCGAGGAGCCGGCGAGUGAUCGGCCGGCAGCGCACCGUCCCCUUUGGCACGGCGAUGUGCGCUCCCGCCGCUGGCGCAGUCGCUGCCUGCUGCAGGGACGCGGAGGCUGGGGCCGGCCGCCCGAGGGAGGAGGCUGAAGCCGCCGCCGCCGCCGCCGCCCUGUCCUCCUCCUCCCGCUGCUGACUUAGAGCCGACGGGCGGAACCGACACCCACACCGGCCGGCCGAAUGGAGGCUCAAGACGGGGCCGGCAUCCUAGAACUGACUAAAGAAAUCCAGUCGUCGCAGACAGCUUUGGUACUACCAGGCCAUGGGACAGGAGAAGAGUCUGGCACCUCCCUGGGAGAGGAGGAGGAGGGAGGGAUUCCCAUCCCUGCUCCUGGGCUCCUGCAGGUCACAGAGAGAAGGCAACCUCUGAGCAGCGUCUCCUCACUGGAGGUCCAUUUUGAUCUCUUGGACCUUACGGAGCUGACAGAUAUGUCUGACCAAGAACUGGCUGAAGUCUUUGCAGACUCUGAUGACGAGAAUGCUGCAAAUGAGUCUCCAGCAGGUUUGCACACACACCAGCUCCCCCGAGCUGGGUACCUGCGCUCCCCCUCCUGGACCCGGACCAAAGCUGAACAAAACAGAGAAAAGAAGCAUCUCAGCGACUCUGAGCUGCAGGCUGGGAUUGUGGACACUUUUCUCACCAUCGAGAGGCCCAAGGAAGACUAGGCUCUUUUCUAACCUGCCCUGGGAGCUGCACGGAGGGGCCAAGAUGGAAAUGGCCACGGUUGCACUCAUCACAAUUCUGGACGGUUUGUGAUGCUGAAAAUAACCUUGACCAGAGAGGCUUUGGCAACACCUGUGGGUCCAAGUUAAUUACUGAGCCCCCCCCUUCAUCUCUGCCCAGACGGCUUUGCUUCCUUCAGUCCCAUUUCCAAGAGGUGGAGUCAACUUGGUAUGAGCCAAACCAUCCCUCCAGGCUGCCAGUGUCCUAGGGUGAUGGUUGGCAGCCAAAGGGAUUGGCAGGAAUUGUGGCACUUUAAACACUCCUUGCUUCCUCUGUCUUGAGGCAUACGCCAGUGGAUCUGAGGGUCCUCAGAGCUGGACUAGUUGCUACAGAAAGUGUAGGCUGCAUUUGCCUUGAACCCAACAUUCUGGAAAGGUAGUCGGAGGAGAGGGAGUGAAAGUCUAAGCCAACAGUGAAGUGCUAUGAGACAAAAGCAAAGCCCAGUCCUGGGGCCCCUUCUGCCAUCCUUUAGUAUAAGCACAGUCUCUUUCCAGUGGCCUUACUCACACCUUCUUCUCUGUGCACUGGAUCAAGACCAACACGUAUUUUCUGUGGAAUUCUAUUGCUCAGAAACCAGGACACCACACCCCUCCUCUGGUCAGAAACUUAGGUCCUGCCAGGCGUCUCCUGGGGGACUGCCUGGUACCCCAGCAAAGCCACAGCAAAAUCCGGAACGGUUCCCGAUGUUACAGGGAUGAGGUGUGGGAAUGACACUAAAAUGGUGGCCACUUCUCUGACAUCUGUGUACUGGUUUAAGGGACCCAGCUUCUCUCUGCUUAUCAACUCUUCUGGAAAGUUCCCCUUUUCAGAACUGGUGCUGUCCAGCUCUCAAAUGAUUCUGGGAAAGGCUGAAGAGUAGAAGACAAAUGGUAACAUUCAAUUCACUUGUUUAUCUCCAGGCUCAAUGGAUGGCCUUUGGCUUCCCUUUUUUCAUGAAAGUGGCACUGAAUUCAGAAACUGGAGUGUUUCUAAGAGUAGCAAGAGGGAAGUUGCAUUUGUGUUCAGAUUCUGAAGGCUACCAGGGGCCCGAGGAUUAGCUUCUGAAGAUAUCCAUACUGAUGUGAUUCUUGCCACACUUUCAGCCAAGGGAGGCAGGCGGAGUUGGUGACCAAUCUUCUCCAGUUCUCUCC